AUGGGCUCGUCGAAGCUGUCACCCGCGGGGGCACCUGGCGUACAUGACCGUUUGGUGCAGUUGGAGCGUCUAGUCGUCUCGCUUAUGGCCGAUUCGACUAAUAAAGGGCAAGCACAUGUCCGUCCAGACUCUGAAGCUCCUGCGACAUCAAGAAUAGAAAGUGCCCCUCCUGGCGAUGCCAUCAUGGAGGCUGUUGAUGGUCACUCCGAAUGCGGUAGCAUGCGAAUCAGCGAAUCCGAAUUCCACUACGUUGGAAAUAAUCAUUGGGCGACUAUCCUCGAUGGAAUCGCGGAUCUGAAAGACCAUCUCGAUCGCGAUGAGCAGUUCCGCCUCGCAAAUACACCAUCAGAUCUCGACUUUGAUGAGCAUGGUAACGGCCUGGCUCGCCCUCGAUCUGGAUAUGCACUCCUUCUGUAUGGAGGUCGUCGUUUAGGCUCAAAAGAAGAGAUUCUCGCGGCGUUGCCGCCAAGAGCCGCUGUCGAUCGCUAUGUUUCUCGCUAUUUCAAUUACUUAGACCUGCGGCCGUGCACGGACCGAGCUUUCUACUACGAGGCAUUUUGGAAGAAUCAAUCAAGUGCGCCUGUAAUGUGGAUCGGUCUCCUCUUCAGCAUGAUUUGUCUCGCUUGCCUGACCUCCGAUGUGCUGUCUGAACCCAAUCCUGAGGAUCUAUCACUCCAGAUUGACCUUUAUCGUGAAAAAAUUGUGCAAUGUUUGACGUUGGGGGAAUAUACCAGAGCUGGACCAUAUGUUUUGGAGACAGUCAUCAACUAUACAUAUGCAGAGUUCUGCAUUCGAACCGAUGCCGACAAGGAUAUCUGGUUUCUAUUGGCUCUGGAGGUGAACUUGGCCAUGCGGAUGGGUUACCAUCGCGAUCCAAGUCACUUCCCUGGCAUAUCGCCCUUUCAAGGUGAAAUGCGCCGCAGAUUAUGGGCAACAGUUCUUAUGGGCGACAUACUCAUCUCCAAUCAAAUGGGCAUGCCGCGGAUGAUCUCCGACGGCAAGUGGGAUACGUCGGAGCCACGCAACUUGAAUGACACAGACUUUGACGAACAAUCGCCCGAGUUACCUUUAUCGCGCCCUCUGACAGAAUACACAAACUCCCUUGGAAUCAUCGCCCGAAGGCGGAUUCUGGCGGCACUUGGAGCCGUGAUAGAUCUUACCGACGCAGUCAAGCCAUGUACCUAUGCAGAUGUGAUGCGUAUUGAUGCUUUCAUCCAGGAGGCGGCAGCCAGCAUUCCCCCGCCGUUAAAGCUCAAGUCCAUGGCGACGAGUAUGACCGACCCUCCGCAGAUCAUAAUGGCUCGUUUAUUCCUAUACCACAUGAUAUACAAGGGACAGGUUGUGCUUCACCGCCGGUUCUUUUACCCCAAAGCAGACAAUUCAGAUGAGCAAGCGACGUCAUAUUCGCGAAAGGUCUGUUUGGAGGCUUCUCUGGGUACCCUUGAGAUUCAACAUAUUCUUGAUGAGGAAACUUGUCCCGGGGGGCAAUUGUACACCAUGCGAUUCCGCGUCACAUCCAUCAUGAAUCAUCAGUUCCUUACCGCCACGAUGAUUCUUUGCUCGAUGCUACAUCGAGGACAGACGCUGGAGCGGGAGCAGGAUAUUCGUGCAGCGCUUCAACGAUGCAGAGCAAUUUGGAUGAGAAGGAGCGAGACUUCGAAAGAAGCGAAAAAGGCAGCUGAGACUGUGAGCUUCGUCCUGGCUCGGGCAGAUGACGGGCGAAGUCAUAAUAUUGCAUUAACUCAAGCUAUUACACAUUCUGGCGGACACUUCCCACCCAGCAGUGUUCCACUUGAAAAUCAAGACCCCCCAGGCUCUGGUCCAGACGAAGCAACGGCAUCAUCAGACUAUAUGAGCUUAUUUGAUCCCGACUACUUUGUCAUGACCGGUUCCCUUGGAAACUUCACUCCCCCGGGACAGCCGAGCCAGAGCUUUUCGCAGACCCAGAACUUUGACAUGAAUUUGAACGGCAUGGAGAGACGGCCUGAUGAAUGGAUGCUAAUGCCCUGGUCUGGAACAUAA